UUAGAUCUGAGACCGCCCAGGGGAAGAAGCGUAUUGACACGCAUUCGGGAAUCAAGUCUUCACCCACCCGAGACUGAUGUAGCCCAGAAGACACACAUGCCGUGGAUUUAUUUUCUGGAAACUGAACGAGAGGGUAUUUGAAAGUCGAGAGUGUCUCUGCUGCAGUACAGCCGGUAUCUCGCCAGCCUGCCUGCCAUCGACCUGAUUGAUUUCGCAGCAGUUCCCGGAGUUACUUCUCGUCCGCACUCAGGGGUAUUGAUGGCUUCCCUUCGCAGGGUGAAGGGGCUCCUGGUUCUCAACCUCGUGGCCGUGGUCGGCUUCUUGCUCUUCCUGGCAAGGUGCAGGGUUCCCCUGAAGGGGUGGGAGUCGGUGCAGGCAGCGCAGAGCCGAGCCGAGUCCAGCAACCUGACACACCGAGGCGCGGCUCCUGUCCAGCAGGCAGUGCUGAAGAGAUUGUCUCUCUUGGAGGACAUCGUCUACCGUCAACUAAAUGGAUUGUCAAAGUCCCUUGGGCUCAUUGAAGGAUUUGGCGGCCGAGGUCAGGGCGGAUUGCCUGCUACACUUACAAGUGAAGAGGAAAGAGAAGCCGCAGGGGCAUAUGAGAAAUAUGGAUACAAUACUUACCUGAGUAACAAGAUUUCACUGGAUCGAUCCAUUCCAGACUAUCGACCGAGUAGGUGCAAAGAAUUAAGCUACCCCAAGAAUCUUCCACAGAUUUCCCUUAUCUUCAUCUUUGUGAAUGAAGCUCUGUCAGUCAUCCUCCGCUCUGUGCACAGUGCAGUGAAUCACACUCCAGCUCAUCUAUUAAAAGAAAUUAUCCUUGUAGAUGACAACAGUGAUGAUGAAGAACUCAAGGCUCCACUAGAAGAGUAUGUACACAAGAGAUACCCUGGUCUGGUGAAGGUGGUGCGGAAUCAAAAACGGGAAGGCUUGAUCCGAGCUCGAGUCCAGGGAUGGAGAGCUGCAACGGCACAAGUCACAGGUUUCUUUGAUGCCCAUGUGGAGUUUAGUGCUGGCUGGGUCGAACCAAUCCUGGCAAGAAUUAAAGAAGACAGAAAGCGAAUAAUUCUUCCUUCCAUCGACAACAUCAAGCACAAAACUCUUGAAGUGCAACGCUAUGAGAAUAGUGCCCAUGGUUACAGCUGGGAGCUCUGGUGCAUGUACAUUAAUCCUCUCAAAGAAUGGUGGGAUAGAGCAGACCCUACAUUGCCAAUCAGAACUCCUGCUAUGAUUGGAUGCUCAUUUGUGGUGAAUAGAUUGUUUUUUGGUGAAAUCGGGUUGCUGGAUCCUGGGAUGGAUGUCUAUGGCGGAGAAAACAUUGAACUGGGGAUAAAGGUCUGGCUGUGCGGUGGAAGUAUGGAGGUCCUCCCUUGCUCAAGAGUGGCUCACAUAGAACGGAUGAAAAAGCCAUAUAAUAGUGACAUUGGAUUCUACACCAAGAGAAAUUCACUUCGUGUUGCUGAAGUAUGGAUGGAUGACUACAAAUCUCAUGUUUAUAUGGCAUGGAAUAUCCCCAUGGAUAAUCCAGGGAUUGACAUUGGUGAUAUCUCUGAAAGAGUUGCUUUGAGAAAACAUUUGAAAUGUAAGAAUUUCCAGUGGUACCUGGACAAUGUGUACCCGGAGAUGAGGAGGUACAAUAGCACAGUGGCAUAUGGAGAGGUUCGUAACAACAAAGCAAAAGAUUUUUGCCUGGAUCAGGGUCCACCUGAGAAUCACACAGCCAUUCUGUAUCCAUGUCAUGGGAUGUCCCCUCAGCUGGUCAGGUAUACAAAAGAAAGACAAAUAUAUCUCGGAUCCCUGGGAUCUAUUAUGCAGCUGCCUGAAACACAAUGCCUGGUGGAUAAUAAGAAAAGUCAGCAUCCUCAGCUUCUGGAUUGUGAAAAAGUGAAAAAUGUUUACCAGAAGUCUUGGCGUUUUGUCCAGAAUGGAUCCAUCCUUAAUCUGGAAACUGGUCGCUGCUUGGAGGUGGAAAAUAACAAAAGAGCUGAAUUUGGGAUUGAGCUGGUUUUGCAACAAUGCACAGGACAAAAGUGGACAAUUAAAAAUGUCUUGAAGCAAGCAACCUAAUCCUGAGCUAGCACAAUCCAAAGGAAACUGGAUUUCUUAGUAGCAGAAUAAACUAAAAAAACACAGAGCAAUAUUACAAUAGGCUUGGACAUAACACCAACCAUCAAUAUAUUUGAGUGACUAACACACACUCAAAUUGGAUUAUUUCUUAAGGACAGCCUUUUAUUUUAUUUUUAUUUUCAGAUUUUAAAAUAAAAUCUAAUUUUGUUUGAAUGUUAUAUAUCAUCAAAUGAGAAAAAUGUUUGGAAAUAUCUAUUCAAUAAAUUAAUAGAUUAUCUGUGUUUAAAAUUGAUUGGUACACACUGUAAAGUACUUUGUUCAAGGCUAACUAUUGAUAAAUGAAAUAAGUAUCACUAUUACCUCGUGACAACCAUUAUCAUUUGGGAUUUCAUGUUGUCACCCAACCUUUAACGGUUGGUCUGAACUUGAUCAUUGAGAUUCCAAUGUGCAUGAAUCUAUUAUGUGGUAAACUGCUUUCACAUUUGACACUACUUAUUCAAAUACUGGUACUGAUGUACUGUACAUUGACUAGAAAUGCCAUAAACUAUAUUGAAUAGAAAUGCUACAAUGAUGGAGCACAGGUUGGUUUUGGAAUUGGAAUUACGAUAUUUUGUUGAGUCAGACUUUGAUCUAGUUUUGCUAAAUUGGCUUUCAACGUGAUCACCAAUGUUAUCUUGUUAAAUUCACAUUAUUUCAUGAUGGAAAGCUCCAGUUUUGGAUGUUGUGGACCUCAUAAUUAGAGUUGCCUUGCAAAGGAAAAGAAAAGAAAUGGAAGACAGAAUCAGCUUGAAUUACGUGGAGCCUUGAUUGACAUUGAUUGAGAGGGAGUGAACAUGCUAUCCGGCAGCACUGACUGUCAGCAGCAGACUGACACAGGUAUCGAUUUCCAACUAGCAUUGUCAAGAAUUUGCUUGUAUCAAUAUCGUCUGUAUGUUGUUGUAAAAGUGAAAUAAAGUUGUGGCCAAGAAACUAAAAUACA